UUCAACUCGCCAGCAUCGCAUAACCAAUACAGUCAGCGUAUGGGUGCGGGCAGUCCACAACCAGGAGCGAGUCCGAACAUAGCCAGCCCACAAGUGCCAAGUCCGCAAGGACAAACGUUGGACCUGAGCGUCACACGUCUGUCACACAGUAUUAUCACAAGUCCUCAAUAUGGUGCACACCCCGACGGUCUAGUCGUUGGACAUCCGCAAGGCUUUGGACCAGGUCUACCACCCACAGGUGCCAACGGUGCGCCACGUUCACCACAAAUGGAGCCCGUUGAUUUCAGCGGUCCACCAAGACCACUCGGUUUUGGGCUCGUCGGACAUAUCGGCGGACCGCGACCGUACAGUCGUGAGUCUACGCCGGACAGUGGUGGCUCACACUACAUCGAUAGCUAUCGCGAUCCAAGUGGCUAUUCACCUCAUCCCGGCUAUGGCAUGGUUGUACAGUCUGAUUAUCCCCCAGCCGGCUAUCAUGGCUACGGUCCAGCCGCAUAUCAAUGCAGCAAUCCUUAUGCGACUGCUGUCGGUCCCGGCGGAUAUCCGACACCAGUGUCAGGCGGCUACUCACCCAGUCCGGCGUCGUGUUACUCCAUGCCACCGCCACAGCAUAUACCGCAACAUGACAAGACAAAGGAUAGCCUGACUGGAUGUACGCGCAGCGAUCGAAAUCAUUUGCAGCCACACUCGCAGGAACUGAAAUGCCCCACGCCAGGCUGUGAUGGUUCAGGACAUGUCACUGGUAACUACUCGUCACAUCGCAGUCUAUCGGGUUGUCCGCGCGCCAACAAGCCGAAGAGCAAGCCACGCGAUGGACAGGACUCGGAGCCGCUUAGAUGUCCCAUACCUGGUUGUGACGGUUCUGGCCACUCCACUGGCAAAUUUUUAUCGCACAGAAGCGCCUCCGGCUGUCCCAUCGCGAAUCGUAAUAAAAUGCGCGUACUUGAAGCCGGCGGCACCGUAGAACAGCAUAAAGCCGCCGUUGCUGCGGCGACUGCGAUGAAGUUUGACGGCAUCGACAUGAUGAUGGGCGGCGUUGGCGUUGGCGUCGGAGUCGGUGUCGGUGUCGGUGUUGGCUCCGCAGUCUCCUCCUCCGCCUCCGUAUCGAGUAAUAUUAGCAACAGCAGCAACAACAACGCUUCGGUAGUUAGUUCCACAGCAGCGCUGGGCAAUGUCUCGUCUUCGGUAGCCGGUCCAGCCACACUGCCCGACAGUCUGCAUGGCAAUAAUAGCAACAAUGGCAGUAGUGGCAAUAGCACAGCGAAUAACAACAGCAACAACAACGUGCCCUCAACAAAUGGUGGCGUUGGCGUUGGCGGUGGCGGUGGCGGUGGCGGUGGCAGUGCUGGCAAUGGCAACGUCGGUGUUGGCGAAGACUUGAAUACGCUCGAAGCGGAAAUAUCGGAGCUGCAAAGAGAGAAUGCACGCGUCGAAUCGCAAAUGAUGCGUCUCAAAUCCGACAUAAAUGCCAUGGAAUCACAGUUGAACACCAGCGAUAGGGAGGCUUCUCCGCUGAGUACUCAUCAACAGCGUAAUCUCUCUGCGGUGACUAUCAAUGCUGGAGGAGCAACAGCUCUUGGUAGCGUCUCCUCCAGCGCCUCAACCGCGUCCCCGCUCAGCAACCACAUUGGCAGCGGCAACUGCAACGGCAACGUCAACGGCAACGUCAACGGUAACGGCAACAACAGCAGCAGCGCCAACGGCAACAAUAACAUCAACAUCGGUGGCAGCAGCGCCGGAGUCAACAACAACCCCCUCACCAGCGGCAAUCUCUCGCACACCCUCCCCAGCAGUCACACCAUAGGCCCCAUAGGCAACCACAGUGGCAGCUACUUAACACCACCACCCAGUGUCAGCAUCAGCACCACCGCUUCUUCAACCAGCAACGGCGGUGCACCCACAUCCAGUUCCUAUUACGAAAGUUUGCGUAAUAAUGUAAUUACUUUACUCGAGCAUGUGCGUCUGCCACCACCCGGCGGCAAUAGCGGCGCAAGCAUGAGCUCGAGUCCGUUAGGCGCUGGCAAUGGCGGCAAUAAUGUAAGUAGCACCAGCAUAGGCGGUCAUCCCUCCGAUACCAUUGGCAAUAGUUUGUCUGCAAAUAUUGCUGGCUUACCCGCCACCGCAGAAGUUUUGAGUAAUCAACAAUUGACCAGCGCUUAUGGUGCGCCACAUCCACCACAUCCCACGCUGAUACCACCCAGUCCGCUACCCACCGCAUCCAUUGCGCCAACGAAUAUGGUUAGUGGUGCUGUAUCGAUGUAUGCAGCGCCACCACAUCACUUGACUGGCACACAUCAUGGCAUGCUAGGACCACCACCACCGCCACCACCACCACCACCUCAUGGUGGUUCAAUGCCGCCACAUCAUCCCUAUACGGUGCAUCAUCCAGCUGGAUAUGCGCACCAUGAACCCUUCGACUCAUACAUAUCGAAAUUACAAUCUCUCUGUGUGCCACCCGAUGUUUACGCGCUACCCGACGAUGGCACACGGCCGCUCUACGAUGCGGUCAAACCUAGUUUGCAUCAAGAUUAUACAUUAAUGCCGACACCGAUAUAAGCGUGGGUGAGAAGAGGGGGUGAAUGGGGGGAGAGAGAUUACUGGGUUUAACGCCAACUAAGAGAGAACUAUUGAAAACUAUAGUACUAACUACGCUGUAAAUAUAAACAAAUAGUAUUUAAGCAGAUAUUUAUAGAGAAGACUCAAACUCGGACCACGACGCAGAACAAAUUUAUGUGACACUCUCAUUAAAUCCAUGUUGAGAGUGAACAGCAGUUGAAGAAGGAAUAAUUUUGACCGCACACACAAUUAGACACAAUUGUUUUCCCGUAACCCGUUUAAAGAAUUUUAAGAAACAGUUAAGCCACUCUCUCAUUUUUCGAUGACCUUGGUAGCUUCGUCCGAGGCUUCUUUAAUGAGCUCCAUACUCAAUGCUUUAUUUAUGUGACGCAAAUGAUGUAGAAACACUCCACAACUGAGAAAUGAUGCACAGCGUCUUAAGUUCCCAAGGAUGGAGCUAGCAACAGGCAUACAUAACUCCGGCGCCACUCCCGGCUGCUGAGCUCGCGCAGUUGUAAGUGAGAAGACUUUGGGGCACCCUGUAUAUCAGGGUCAGAUGAGUUGUCUGUCGUAGCGUGACAUGAAUCGGCCA